UCAUUUCCGCAACAAGGAACCACUGCACUCUGUAUAAUGUACUCACUCUUUCUCUGAGUCUCUUUCUCUGAUGAUGCAUUUUCUCAAAUACAAAUUAGCAUUUUAAGCAAAAGAGUAGAAAUUGAGUGUAUAGAAUUCAUUUUCUGGGGGUUUUAUUGUUUUGUUUUGCUUUGUUAUUUGUGUAAAAAUGUAUAAGAACCAGCUACAGGAGCUGGCGCAGCGGAGCUGCUUCAAUCUACCGUCGUACACGUGCAUCAGAGAAGGUCCCGACCACGCGCCGCGCUUCAAGGCCACCGUUAAUUUUAACGGUGAGACGUUUGAGAGUCCCAACUACUGUUCCACGCUUCGCCAGGCUGAGCACUCCGCCGCUGAGAUGGCGCUCAAUGACCUUUCCACCCGUGGUCCCACCAACUCUCUCGCUGCGAGAAUUCUGGAUGAGACGGGUGUUUAUAAGAAUCUCUUGCAGGAGGUCUCGCAAAGAGUGGGAUCAUCUUUGCCUGCAUAUACGACUUUCAGAUCAGGUCUAGGCCACCUUCCUUUCUUUACUGGUACUGUAGAGUUGGCAGGCGUUAUAUUUACUGGUGAGCCAGCUAAGAAUAAGAAGCAAGCAGAAAAGAAUGCUGCAAUGUCAGCUUGGUUAUCUCUGAAAUCAUUAGUGCAACAAUUUGAGAGUUUGCCAUCAGCAAAGACACAAAAGGAUGAGUUGGAGCAUGUGACGGCAGCCCGAGCUUUGCAAAAAUAUCUCAUGAAGGCAAAAUUGGCAAAGUUAUCUUUUCCAAUAAAAUUUCCUACACCAGAUCCAAGGCCAUCUAGUACACAGCAGUCUCUGGCUCCAUCAUCGAAAAUUCUUCCCUUCAUAUGCCCAAAACCUGGUCCUCGUAACAGGCCUAUUUCAACAAUUAACAGCAACGAUGCAUCCCCGAAGACUGCUAAGACAACUCAAAGCCGACUGGUAACAAAAGAGAGCCUCCUAUCAUUGUUGGAGAACGAUAAGGUCCAACCUCUGAAGUUCCCCAUGGCUAGAGCAGCACCAUACGUUCCAGUCCAGCAUUGUGGUCCACAUCAUAGAAUUGCACCACCAGUGACAAUACGAAAUACAAUUCCUGUUUUCUCUACACCACCUCUUCCUCCACCUCAGUCUUCGCUAGUGAUAAGGCCCCAACCUUUGGGCAUGGCACCACCUGUCUGCGUAAGACAGGCUGUUCCAGUAUUAACUGCUGCUUCUGUUCGGGCAGAAGAGCUCCCAGUAUUAAACCCCACUCUUCGAGGAGAGGAUCCACAUAUUUCUAGGCCAACAAUUCAUGUCAAGGAUCCAUCAGCUACUAAAUUUUCACUAGUUCGAGUAGAGGAUCCAUCAGGUUCUAGAGUAACACCAGAUGUUGAAGUUCCAUCAGUUCAUGUUGAGCAAUCAAUAUUUGAAACCCCAGCCGUUCAAGUUGAGUCACCAGUCUCUCUGGUUACUACUACACCAACCAUUUCAGAAGCAACUGCAGACGAGACAAUAAUAGCAGUGCAGGACAAGCUACUGGAGUCUAAGGUGAUUGAAGACUAUGAAGAGCUAAAAAUAUGAUUCAGUACGGGAUGUUUCAAAUUGCAAAACCCUUUUUACUGUCUUCUUUUGAUUGUGAAUUAUGUAGGUUAACAAUUCUCUUCUUUUCGUACUCCGAUUAAUUUCUUUCUGUUACUUUUCAUGAGGGAAUCUUAUGUGAUGUUGAAGCUCAACUCAAUAGUUAAUAACUAUUUUUUGUGUAGACA